AUGAAAUUCUUUGUAGUCCUGUUCGCUUUAGUGACCAUCGCGUCUGCCGCCAGCAUCCGUGAGAAGCGUUGGACUGGGUUGCUCGGCGGAUACAGUGAUAUUGGUUUCGGCGGAUACAGCGGCUACUCCGCCCCCGCUGUGGUCUCCGUCAACAAGGUUGUGAACGUCCCCAGGGUGGUCAGCGUACCUCAAGUGGUCCACGUCAACAGAGUGGUGUCCCAGCCCCAGGUCAUCUCCAGCCCUACUAUUAUCGGCGGAUACAGCGGAUACGGAAAUGGAUGGUGGUGA